GAAACGUCACUCACGCCAAACCGAGUUCGACUAUGGGCAAAUAAACAACCGGCCACAAAACACUAUGGGCUUUGGCAAAAAAAAAAAAAGUUUCGCCUCGACCGCUCCAGCUGAACAAAAUAUUCCAUUCAUUCGCUAGCUGCAACGGCAACGCACCAUUCACCUGCGGCAUGGUGUGCGUGCCUCUAUAUUCCUUCGUUUUCUGUUGUGUUUAGAUCGAAGCGAAAAAAGGUUACCUUCAAAUUGUAACUGCUGUUUUUUCGGACGGUUUCGGGACGUGUGUUUUUCCUUUUUCAUUCGUUCGUGUUUUGUGUACAUAAAAACGUGUUAAAUGAUCGACGCGGAUGUGUGCGGAUUAGAAGAUCGCAGUUUUGGAUGUUUUGUUAACUGAUUGUUGUAAACAAAAAGUGGUUAAAGUUCUUCGAAAAGUGACCGUGCGCGUGCAUCCUGUGCGUCUUUUGUCGCUCGGUAGCGGUAGAAAGCGAUCGAGCUUUUUCCGAGACGAAAGAAAUCAUUUCCACCAUUUUUUUUGCUGCUGAUGUUUUACCGUGCGUCCCUGGAAAUACCGGCGUCACUUACCCACACAAACGCACACGAGAUCAGCUUGUGUCAUCAUAAUCAGUUGCUUCAAGUGACCGCUUUAUUGCGCAUCUUCUGCUUCCCUCGUUCGAAAGUAACGGUUGCUAAGUGAUAUCCCUUUCGGCCGUUUCCCGGGAUACGGUAGAAGCAUCCCGAAGAUUAGUGGUUAUAAAAAGAAAUAAUCGUGAUUUUCAUCGUGCAGUGCGUGUUUGUGUGUUUGCUGUUAGUGAGUCCGUGAGUCACCGUUGUGCGGCUUUGUCCGGGAGUGAUCGUGUGUGUCGGUGAAAUUGCUCGAGUGCGUUAAUACCCGGUCAUAUGGUCGUACGUAGGUGUGGAAAGAAGGUUAAAAUUUAACAUAAACCUUCAACAACCUCAACGACGACGCCGGAUCCCAUUCGAGCAAAAUCAAAGCCACCUGCUUCAAGAGGAGCCACACGACGUUGGUGAUCGAUAAAAAGCAGCGACAGCAGAGAAAGCAGCUUCUUUCUUCUACUCGAUCAGGUUGUGGAAUUGAGGUUUGCGGAGCGCAAUCAAGUGGCCCGAACUUUUCACCCGAUCGAAAGGCAGAUACAGCCGCACCGGCCGGCCGUACUUGCUUUCCCAGGCGGAUAACAACGCAAUACACUUUCAGAAGUCAAUUCUAUUCGAUCGCAGUGAGGUUCCACGUCCAUCCUUCCAAAAGUCAUGGACUAGGGGCCACUUUUAGACGGAAGCAUAAAGGGCGUGGAGCCAUUCUUAUGAGUCGAGCAGUAUCCCGUUAUUCACACCUCGUCCGAAGGCACGAAUCAUCUGUCGAACCUUCUUCCAGGCGAAGAGAGGAUCAACAUGCUUAGGAUUGUGAUGCUGUAGAAAACGGAUCGACUGCUAUUCACAGAUCAGCUUAUACUAGGGCACUAUCUAUCACAUACGAGAUAAUUCGAGUUACCGUGCAGCUUUUCGAAAGCUGCCAUAUAUACCUAUAGGCAUUCCGUCAACAUCAGCCCAAACCAACCCAAAAUGAACGGUUUAUCCACGCUUAACAGACUGUUAGGAAAAAGAAACAAAGAUGUUUCCAAAUCAACCUCUAACCUUAGUCGGUCCACCACCAACCUGGACGCCUCUAGUCACUACAACAACAAAGUCAUACAGCUGCCGGUCGUGGCGAACGCACCGUUCGAGCAGACGUUCCGCGUGACGGUGUUACUGCCCCGGGAUCAGCUGUACGUAGCGCGCGUCGGCGCGAAAACCAAACUGUCCACCCUGCUCGAGAUGGUGUGCAGCGACAAGCUGCUCGACGCGCAGAAGUACGUGUUUCGCCAUCCGGCCGACUUUCAGCAGGGCUUCGAGCUGGACAUGAACAUCGGCGAGGUGGGACUGAGCGAGGUGCGGCUGAUGUCACGCAAGGAGCUGGAAGCGUUGCGCAACAGUGACUAUCGGCUGAGCACGAGCGACAUCUUCCGGAUGCAUCAGAAGAGUGCCCGUGAAACGUCCGGCGGUACGUCCGUGUCGUCGUCGGAUUUGAGCCGCAACUCGAAGGUGCCACUAAAGACGACCUCACCGUACAGCUCAACCAAUUCGCUCAACUCGAUGGACUCGUCCGGUGUUAGCUCGAGCUCGCGAGGUGGUGGUGGACAUAGUGGCACCGCCAACGGCACUGCAAGCAACGGACACAGCCAGAUGGGACCACCAGUUGCGCCGACGCGCAAGAAGCGACUCGCACCACGUCCACCAAGCCAGAACUCUAUCCCCGAGGUGCGUGUCCCGCAGCAAACGCCACAUUCCAACGGGACCGGCGACAAGCACGAUGGCCAUGGUCCCGACGAUCACAUCUUCAAAGAACCCCAGUUACCUCCGUACUCGAGACAAAACUUUCACGUCUCUACGCCAAAUCUGUACGACCGCGAGUUGAAAACGGCUGAUAUUAUUAACAACAAUAGCAACCAUCCCGGUGUGAACAUGAAAAACGCCAACGCCGAGCCCAACGGGUACGCCGCGGAUGUCCACAACAAUAACAAUGUUCAUGAUACGCAAAGCAAGAUGCUGGAGGAGCAGGACCGGAAAAACCUCAUCAACACCAAGACGUCGUACAGUACGCUCAAAAAUCGACCAACGUCGAUGUACAUCAUACGGGAACCGGACCCAGCCAGUACGUUGCAGCGGUCGAGCGAGAACGGCGGCAGCAUGGUCGACAUUCAUCAUCACUCGCGGGCGUCGUCAAGCUGCUCGGAUGCGAAAGAUCCGCGGGACUUUCAGGAUAUGCCUGAACCAACGCCACGCAAGCGCUUAAAUUCUAGUGCCAAAAAGUCCAAAGCCCCAGCCCCGCCGCCAAGAGCGAAAGCAGCGACCAUUGCAACUCCCUCACCGGUUCCGACACCUUCGCCGAGAGCGCUUACCCGAUCGACACUCGAUCUACUGAGGGACAAUGAUGCGGCCAUAUCGGAGACGGAUUCUAACUUUAGCAGCGAACCGGAUGAUACGCAACGUAACAGAGAAUCGCGAUUGAAUGCCGUCAACGGUAGUGUCCACCGGGCUCCUUACGUGCAUCAGCAGCAGCAGCAGCAGCAGAACGUAUCGAAGGUGAUGCUGAACGUAGAACAGGCCCCAUUGAAUGAUCCGGUCGUAACCUCAACCACACCAACCUCUGGCGAAAAGACACACCAGAAGAACGGAUCCACCUCAUCCGUAUCUAUUAAAAUUGUCGGCAACGGUAACGGUGUGGCCGAUACGCUAUCAAAACCAACAUCCACCACACCCAUCGUAUCGAAGGUACAGAUUGGUGGUAAUCAAGCCGCUUCCCUUGAUCAACCUGCCUCACCCGGAGAUAACAGCUCGGAUGAGGAAAUUAAAAUCUACAACAUCGAGUCCGGAAAAGCGCUGGUGAAGAAAAUGCCCUCCAAUGGAAUAGAAGGGGAGCAGCAAAGCAAGAAGACGCCAUCGGGAACCAUCUCCAAUGGAACCAAACCGAACGAUGGUGAAAAACCAUCGACCGAAAACAACGGUACGACGGUGGAUGAGGAACAGUGGACGUACAAGCUGCCAGCACCACCAACCUUUGCCGAUGCUUCCAUCAAGGCAAGCGAUUACGAUGAGCGUGGUCAGUUCUAUCGGCCGGCGUCAACAUUCGUCGAUAACACAACACUUCGUAGCGAUAUGCUUACCGUCCUGUCGGAUGAACCGACCGAGCGCAUUGAACCGUUCAUUCAGGAGCGCCUUCAAACCAUGCUCGAUCUAACGGCCGGUCGUGAAACGAUGCAGCCACCGUUCUAUGCUUCCGCUGUUCAGCGAUCCCAGCGACCGGAAAGUCCCGCGAGUGUUUCCACCGAAACAGAUGCAACCACGCACGUGUCGGACGAUGUUCCACACAUCAGCUCCGACCUGGAGGAUGGUUACCGUGUGGGUGGCGAGAAUGGCCAUCGGUCGGCAGCUGGGGAAACAAACGGUGAACCGGACAGUACACAGGAAGCACGCGACGUGUGGUUACAGACGUUGGAAAAACGGCGAGAAAAAAUCAUCGAAGGUGAGUUGGCCACGCUGAGUGAAUCGAUCGGUGGUGGAAAAACGACCGGUUCGGAUGCCCAGUCAUUGAACGAACGGAAGACGAGCGUCAUGAGCGAACUGAACCAGCUGCUGCGUGAGGGCGUUGAGCUGAGCCGAAAGGAGGAAGCGGAAAUUGCCGUCGUGAAUAGAAGCAGUUUGGCGAAUUUCAAGAUUUCGACCUACAGUAGCACGGAAAACAAGGAAAAUAUUAUCACCAGCACAACUACCACCACGACGAACACCACGAUCGUUGAGGACCGAACACAACAGCAUGCGCCGAAGAUUGAACGUGCGGACAGCGUUGCACCGGUUGUGGCGAAUGGCAGCGGCAAGGAAACGAUUAAAGACAGCAAAGACCUGCAGGACGAAACGGAUGUGACGAUUGUGCGCCGAAAGAUAUCGGUCGAUUCGAUCACCGUCCGGAAGCCGGCCUCCCUUACGCAAAGCAGCGACGAGGACGAUCAUAUCGGGCGUCCAUCGAACGGUUAUACGACUGCCAGCGCUAAAAAGGAGCUGGCACCGGUGAAGCGUCGCAGCUUGACAAUGCUAAACAAAAGCCCAAGGGUGAUCAAUCGGUCCGAUUCGUUCCAUUCGACCCGCUCCGAUUACAUUCAAUCGCUCAACUCUCCCGCUCAAACCGGUACAAGCGCACCCGGACCGUUACAGCUAACGCCACGCAGCACCUCGUACAUUUCCCUGAUCGGUGCGCAGCGCUGGGAAAAUCGGGCCGCGACCAGUGCCGCCUCACUGGCCGCUGCGAACUCGUUCGCCAAUCGCCGUAAAUCGACCAGUGAGCUAAGCAUCUGCGAUUCCCCGUCGCUGCAGAGCCUGGAGGUGAUCAAAAACAUCCUGAACACAUCGCGCAAGAACAGCAUUAACAAUCUGCACCAAACGAAUGGUAGUGCGGUUGAGGAUGCGCCGUCGGCGGAUGAAAUCGUACUGCCCUCGAUGGCUGCCAUCAAGCGGAACAGUUUUACCGACAUUUCCACGCUGGUGCAGCUGAACGGGGGUACCGUUGGUGGUGGUAAGGUGCACAUGAAUGGUGGUGGUGCGGUGCGUAAGGAUAGCAUUGAGGAGGCAAAGGUAGAGCAAGAACCGGAACCGGAACCGGUACCGAUGCAGGAACCAAAGCCUGAUCCGGUUAAGCCAAGCGCUGAUGCCAACAAAACGGAGGAUUUGAAGAAGGUUGAGAAGUUGGUGGAAAAGAUCGUCGAGGAGCCGAAACAGCAAGACGCUGUUGAGGAGUUGAUUGUGAAGAAAACAGUGGAAGAAAAGAUUAAAAGCGAGGAGCAGCAAUGGAUCACCAAACCGGAAGUAUCGCUCCCCGAUCUAGCUAGCGAGUCGAAAAGCGAUGAUGAAAAGUUGCAGAACAAGCAACAGCAACGCCAGAUCGUCCAACAGCACCCAGUCGCCGGGAAGGAACCGCAAACGACCGUCGUUAGCAUUACCACCAACAGCACGGUGGUGAGCAGCAGCAGUAGCACAGAGAGUUCCAGUGCUGCGGCCGCCACCGCUACAUCUGCCACGAACGAAUCCGACACGAAAAAGUGGACCUACCAGGGACCGCCGACGAUAAGCUUCGCGACGUGGAACGAACGGCCCAAGAUCGACGUCUCGAUCAAAUCGGACCGGGACUAUCGGUUCGGCGGUAGCUCCACGCUUCCACGCGGCUUCCGGAACGUCAACAAUGUGAGCAGCACGAAGAUAAGUAUCGGCCCGGGUGGAAGCUCCACCACGACGUCGACGACGACGACGGUGGAGUCUAGCGCAACCGGCGGAUACGUACGGCGAACGAUCCACGAGGUCGAUCAACCGGAAGACGUUGUUUCGAAUGUGCCAUUAGCAGCAGCAGCAGUGUCUCACGUGCGGCAGCCAGAAGCAGCGCCGGCUGUAGUGAAGCUACCGGCAACCGCACCGAAACCGGCCACUGCAACACCGCCCGGCGAACGCUUACCGAUCGUGCGUGCCGUCGAGUACAAAAAGAACGUUGCCCAGCGUCAAGCGCCACCACCAAUCGAGCCAAAGCCUGCCUUCCGGUACGAACCGUACAACGGUAGCAGUACGAGCAACGUAAGCAGCGUAAGCAUUAACGGAACCGUUCCGUCCGCUAGCAGCCUCAGCACCAACAUUAGCCGGUUGAGCUUCGGACCAAAACCACCGACAGUCCUGCAGCCGACCGUGCGUGGCUUUAAGUCGCUUGACAUUGAACCGACCGGCAGCACCACAGUCACUACGCCCCGAUUGCGACCCGUUUCGAUGAUCGAUACGAGCACGCUGCGCAAAACGACCGUCCCACUGGUGGAGGACGGUGAGGCUCCCAGCUCGUUGCCCUUCUCGCAGAACACACUGCGACGGACCGGAUUGAAGGAUAAAAUCCUGGCGAACGAUCCAACGCCAUCCUCCAGGCCCGUGACGGAACCGACGGUUGCUAAGGUGAACGUAACGGCGACAGCUGCUGCUAGUCCGGCUCCUGCCCGACCGACUUCCCUGCCGGUCGGUAACGCACCCAUGCCACCACCGCCCGCCCCGAUGCCACCAGCAGCCCCAGCGGCCAAAGCAUCCCAACCGGUGGUGCGGGGUGCGAUCGUGAAGAAAUCACCCGUCGUCGCCGCGACACCGGCCAUCGAUCCGCGGACGGCGCUUUUGGAUGCCAUUCGAAGCUUCAACAAGGAUUCGCUGCGGAAGGAUUAAUCGUCAAGCAAAGGUGGGGUGCUGGAUGCUCUGUUUUGUAGUUUGAUACAUCUACUCUUCUAUCCUUUUUUUGUACACUUUCCUUUAUUUUAUGUCCUUUUUUAUUUUUAUUUUUAUUUGUUUACGGUGUCCACGGUGCUGGAGCCGCUCACUUGCAUGCAUGCAUAUUUUUAUACUUUCUCUUUUUCUACAACCAUUGAUUGGUUUUACUUACUAAGCCCUUCCGAGCAUGUUUUUGUUUUCUUUUGGGUGCGCCCUCCUUUCGCGGCGUUGCAUCAUAAUCUUUGAAUUUUUGCCCGUGGUGAAAUCGUUUAACGGACACGGGCAUGUAAAAAUGAACACAAAACUCUAAUAUAAAUAAUCCACACAAACAAACACACACACUCACAGGUACUCGGCAAGCAGGGACUCUUAUACGAGCACACGAUAGUAUAGUAUAGGUUAUACUAGUUAAUACAAAAAUACGGCACACGCUAUCACACACUUUGCCCGGCAUAUUGGGCGCCCAGCAUAAAGGUUAGGGAAAAGGGUGCAACAAACAGCUUACUACACGAAAGGGCAUAAGAACUGUGUGGAGGUGAGCAGAGAGAUAGGUUGGAACACUCCGUGUUUCAUCACACGUUUCGUUUGUAUAUUUCAUUACUUUAUUGUUAACUUUUUUAAACGGAAAGUGUCUAAUACGUGCAGUCUAAUAGGAAGACAGUAGAGUGAAGUUGAAACAUGUGGAUAUUAAACGUUUACUAAUAUAUAAUAAAACCAACCAUCCCGUUA